GCGAACAAUUGAAGCAGGAUAGCAAUACCAGCGAGAGCAGCAAAGCAAAGCUUCGGCUGGUGGCGGCGACGGGGGCGACGGCGGCGAUGGAUUCCGCUGCUCAUCCCAUCGUCCGCUCAUGAAACUCAAUUCCUGGCCGUUUUCCCCCUUGUUCACCUCUCUCAAGCAUCUCUCACGUUCCGUAUAUACCAUGGCCUCUUCUAUAUCUGAAACCCUAACCCUAACCCUAACUCUGCCCGCGGGUUCGCCACAGGACUCGAACUUGGAUGAUCACAUCUGCUCCGAACAACAAGAACAUCAAGAAUGCCAAUCUUCUUCGGCUGAUUGGCCGAGUCUAUGCCUGAGCGGAGAGUCGCGUAUUGAGCGAGCAUGGGCGCAUUGGAAGAAGCUUGGUCAACCCAAAUUGAUUGUUGCUCCCAUGGUUGACAAUUCGGAGCUCCCUUUUCGGAUGCUCUGUCGCAAGUACGGCGCCCAAGCUGCGUAUACGCCAAUGCUCCACUCUCGCAUCUUCUCUGAAAACGAAAAGUAUCGAUCUCAGGAAUUCACCACCUGCAAGGAGGAUCGCCCACUAUUUGUCCAAUUCUGUGCUAAUGAUCCGGACACUUUACUGGAAGCAGCUCAGAGAGUGGAACCUUAUUGUGACUAUGUUGACAUUAAUUUGGGAUGUCCUCAGCGUAUUGCUCGGCGAGGGAACUAUGGAGCUUUCCUAAUGGAUAACCUUCCUCUUGUCAAAUCCUUGGUGGAAAAGUUGGCUCUCAACCUGCAUGUCCCUGUGUCAUGCAAAAUCCGAGUGUUCCCAAAUUUACAGGAUACAAUCAACUAUGCUAGGAUGCUUGAAGAUGCUGGUUGCUCUCUUUUAGCUGUCCAUGGCCGGACAAGAGAUGAGAAGGAUGGGAAGAAAUUCCGGGCAGACUGGAAUGCUAUUAAGGCUGUGAAAAAUGCUGUCAGCAUUCCAGUCCUUGCUAAUGGGGACAUAAGGCACAUGGAUGAUGUUCAGAGAUGUUUGGAAGAGACGGGUGCUGAUGGGGUGCUUUCUGCUGAGUCUCUCCUUGAGAAUCCAGCUCUCUUUGCUGGAUUCCAGACUGCUGAAUGGGCUCUGGGUGGUGAAGAAGGCAAUAAAGAUGGAGAACUAGACCAGGCAAAUUUACUGGUUGAGUAUUUGAAGCUUUGUGAGAAAUACCCUGUGCCUUGGAGAAUGAUCCGUUCUCAUGUGCACAAGUUGUUGGGAGAGUGGUUCAGGAUUCAACCACAAGUAAGAGAUGAUCUAAAUUCACAGUCUAAACUCACUUUUGAAUUUCUUUAUAAUAUGGUGGAUCAGCUCAGGGAGCUGGGUGUAAGGAUUCCGCUGUAUACAAAGGAUACUCCUGCAGGAAGGACCUCAAAUGGGAUUGCAACUUGAAUUCUAGUCAAGGUGGACGGGCAAGGUUGCAGGUCUCUACAAUUUGAAUGCAUGACAAAAUCAGAGCCAGCAAGCAGUCCAUGGAUACCCAUAUGACCUGGUUUAUCAUUUAUUUUUUAACAUUAGAAAUUCAUCAGCAUGCCAAUUUUUGGUGCAAGUAUGGCCAACUCAUAAGUCAUAACAGUAGGAGAGAAGCCUUAUUUUUCUAAAAUUUCUUCUAGUAUUUUAAUAGUUUGAUAGCUAAAGUCAUCCUAGUUGUAUGACCUUUUUAUGGAGAUGGGUAGACCCCCACGCAGAUGUAUUAAUUUUCAAGUGACUCUUUUUAUCCAUAGGCUCUGAGCAGGAAAGACUUUGUGUUCAAGGCAUGGAAUGGAAUGCCAAUUAAAUGUGCAAUUGUUGUCAUGAUUUUUUUGGGAAUAAAAUGCUUAUCUAUUUGGAUAA